CAUCCCGUUCGGGGGGCGCUUGAUCGCAGCCGAUGAACAGCAUGGAGUGAUGAACCCUGUAGCACGCUCUCACGCAAUCUGAAGCAUGUAUAGAGUCAUUCCCAAUUUUUGCCGCCUACGUGCAUACAAAACGGCUGGUCCUCGAAGACUAUGGCCCCGAAAUCCUGCGCAGAGCUUGAGCGUUCUCGCAACCAUUCUUCCUACCCAAGAUGGCUUUGAACCAAGCUUCGGACAAGAAAAUCCAAGCAGAGGUUUACCCUUCCACCCCACCCGACGUUUCGCUAUCACAAGAGCCCGCGAGUAAGAAGGUACCAUGGUGGUCCUACAUUUGGGAUUAUGAGCCAGGCCGCACUCAUGAAGAGCGCAAGUUCAUCCAAAAGCUGGACAUCUACCUGAUUACCAUGCUCUCGCUCGGAUACUUCAUCAAAAAUCUCGACCAAACGAACAUCAGCAACGCUUUCGUUAGCGGCAUGAAGGAGGAUCUGCAAAUGAACAAGAACGAGAUCAAUCUUAUCGACACAGCAUGGACGGUGGGAUAUGUUAUUGGCCAGAUUCCAAGUCAGAUUGUCUUGACUAAAGUUCGGCCAUCAAUCUGGGUCCCUUCAUGCGAACUGGUCUGGACGAUGUUAACGUUCUGUCUUGCGGCGGCGAAGACGAGCAACCAUGUCAUUGCAAUUCGUUUCUUCAUCGGCUUAGCAGAAUCGAUCUUCUAUCCCGCUGCGCAUACCAUCCUGGGUUCAUGGUAUAAGCCGAGCGAGUUGGGAAAGAGAGCAUGCAUCUUCCAUGCAUCUUCGGCUGCUGCGAGCAUGUUCUCUGGAUACCUACAGGCUGCUGUGUAUAAAGGCCUCAAUGGUGUAAGAGGAUUUGCCGGGUGGCAGUGGUUAUUUAUCAUGGAUGGCAUCAUCAGCACACCAAUUUGCAUCGCAGGCUUCUUCCUACUUCCCGACUUGCCGGAGAACACGCGCGCCUUUUACCUAAACGAAAAUGACCGUGCACUUGCACAAAGCCGCAUGGCGAAAGUCGGUCGAGCUCCGCGAACACGUCUUGGCCGUUCAGCAUUCAAGAGAAUUUUCGGCAGAUGGCAUGUCUACCUCCUAACGCUUCUGUACAUCAUCUUCAUCAAUCUCUGGCCUUCUAGCAGCGUGAAUCCCUUCUCGUUAUGGCUGAAAGCCGAACAUCUGUCCGUCUCGAAGAUCAACAUCAUCCCCACGGGGGCAUCAGCAAUCCAGCUGGUCCUUACGGUUUCCCUCGCUAUCAUCAGUGAUGCAAUCCGGCAUCGGGCGCGCAUUAUGAGCAUUUCCACCAUUCUCGGCCUCUUCUCAGCUCUCUGUCUCGCUAUCUGGACAAUCCCCGUUGGCCUCAAAUGGUUUGCGUUCUUCCUGCAACGCGCCUCUGUGCCAUACGGGCCACUGAGUAUGUCUUGGGCGAACGAAAUCUGUGGCGCGGAUGCGGAGGAACGAGCAAUCGUGAUUGGCAUCAUGAACAGCAUGGGUUAUGCGUUUAAUGCUUGGGUGCCUCUGUUGACGUACCCGCAGGUUGACUCACCGAAGUUUAGAAAAGGAUUUAUCUAUAGUGUAUGUGCAUUUAUCGCGCAAGGUCUGAUCACCGGCACAAUUGCAUACUUGCAAAAGAGGGAUGCGAAGAGAAAAGACAUCGAGACCAGGGUAGACGAGGAGGGUGCGAGGGUUGCGGUUUCAACUACUGAGGUUCUCUGAAGCCUGGAGAGGGGGAAUGAAGACGCGAACUUAACGAUCACUUUAUUGUAUUGAAGGGGGGUCUUUGAUAGACCAGAAGACCUUUUCUUUCUUGUAUGUGUAGCAUUAUUAACACGAGGGUCUGCCUUUGUUACCUAGUAUGGUUCGGACGUGAUGAUUCAUUUACUUAGCCGCACGUAUGGGCUUAUCAUAUUGGCGCCUCUUAUCUAGCUAUUUUACUCUCAUGGCUGAACUCGGUUAUCACUCAAGCACAUUUUUGUCACUCGCACGAUGAGCCUUACGCGCUCUCCAGUCUACAGGCACGUCAA